GCAUCUUGUAAACUGAGAGAGCCCUUGCAAAAACUCAGGACACAGCCUCUCUCUCUCUCUCUCUCUCUCUCAAAAUAUGUAUUUGGCUGUCGAGACCCUGCAGAAAUUGAUAGAGGUAGGACUGGCCUGCACAAGAGCUUCCCUUGUGUCAGCUGUAUGCACACUUGUGGCCUUUCUGGCAGGAGUGGUGGGCUACUUCUAUGGUCCCUAUUGGGGUGUUAGAAGGGUACCUGGCCCUCCAGCUCUUCCUAUUCUAGGACACCUUCCCUUGCUUGCUAAGUACGGCCCUGAUGUCUUCUGCAUCCUCGCUAAAAGAUAUGGUCCCAUUUUCAGGUUUCACAUGGGUAGACAGCCUUUGGUAAUUGUGGCAGAUCCUGAGCUUUGUAGGGAAGUUGGAAUAAAGAAAUUCAAAGACAUUCCCAACAGAAGCAUUCCCUCUCCCAUUGCAGCCUCCCCUCUUCACCAAAAGGGUCUCUUCUUUACCAGGGAUGCCAGAUGGUCAACCAUCCGAAACAGCAUUAUAUCAGUUUACCAGCCAUCACACCUAGCCAACUUAGUGCCCACCAUGCAAGCAGUCAUUGCAUCUGCAACUAAAAGUCUUGCAUCCCCCAAAGAAGAGGAUCUUACUUUCUCUAAUCUCUCCCUCAAAUUGGCCACUGAUGUGAUUGGACAAGCUGCCUUUGGUGUCAACUUUGGCCUCUCUAAACCACAGACAGUUGGCAAUUCAGUCAACAGCUUCGCUGCCAAAAAUGACAACAAUGAAGAAGUUUCGGACUUCAUCAAUCAACACAUAUACUCCACAACAACACUUAAAAUGGACCUAUCAGGCUCUUUUUCUACGGUACUGGGUUUACUCAUCCCCAUACUCCAAGAGCCGUUUAGGCAGAUCCUAAAACGAAUACCAGGCACCAUGGACUGGAAAGUCAACAGGAUUAAUCAGAAAUUGAGCAAUCGUCUUGAUGAGAUUGUUGCAAAGAGAAUGAAAGACAAGGACCGAAAGUCAAAGGAUUUCUUAUCACUAAUUUUGAGCGCAAGGGAAUCAGAGACAGCCCUGAAAGAUGUUUUCUCCCCAGACUACAUCAGUGCAAUUACUUAUGAGCACCUACUCGCUGGCUCAACCACAACAUCCUUUACUUUGACUUCAAUUAUCUAUCUAGUUUCUGGGCAUCCAGAAGUUGAGAAGAAGUUACUUGAAGAGAUUGAUGGAUUUGGUCCACACGAUCAAAUACCAACUGCUCAUGAUCUUCAACACAGAUUUCCCUAUCUUGAUCAGGUGAUUAAAGAGGCAAUGAGGUUCUACACUGUUUCCCCAUUAGUUGCAAGAGAAACAUCAACUCAAGUAGAAAUUGGGGGUUACCUUCUCCCAAAGGGCACAUGGGUCUGGUUAGCACUAGGUGUUCUAGCAAAAGACCCAAAGAACUUCCCGGAACCCGACAAGUUCAAGCCAGAGAGGUUUGAUCCAAAUUGUAAGGAACUGAAACGAAGGCAUCCUUAUGCACACAUACCCUUCGGACUAGGGCCUCGGGCUUGCAUCGGCCAGAAAUUCUCCCUGCAAGAAAUAAAGCUCUCACUGAUUCAUCUAUAUCGGAAAUAUGUAUUUCGGCACUCACCUAGCAUGGAAAAGCCUCUAGAGCUCGAGUAUGGCAUGGUUCUUAACUUCAAGAAAGAUGUCAAGUUCAGAGUUAUUGAACGAGCAUGAAACUGUCAAACUCAGGCUGUGCAAAUAUUUCUUGGUCAUUUUCUAAAACAUCACUAAAAAUUUUCAUAUCAUUUCAAUAAACCCCAAUCAAUCAUCAGCUUGACUCUAUCAGGUUGUUUGAUGCAUGUAAUACUGUUUUCUUAUCAACGAAUUUUAUUAAAAUCAUGUAGUUGGAGCAAUAUACUCUACCCUAAAUUUUAAGACUAAUUGUUUCUACAA